AUUCUUCUCAUCAUUCACUUUUCCCUCUUGUUCCCCAAUUCUUAUCCGGAUCCGAUUUCUCAUACAAAGAUUCUGUUUUUCUUCUUGGGUUUUGUUUUUUUGCUCUGUAUCCGUAUCUCAAAGUUUUCCUCUUUUCAGCAUCUGAUUUUGCAAAUUGAAUUUGCAUUGAUCGUAGAUGAGACCAGUCAUUAGAUCAUCAUCUCUCAGUAGAAUUAGAUGGGCUCUGAGGAACAAUCAAAAACGUUAUUCUUCAACUUUAUACUCGAAAAGCCGCAAACUUUUGAUCGGUGUCAAUCAAAAUCAAGCUCUGGUGAAUACAAACACUGAUAAUUCAAGUUUGUAUUCGAGGUUAAGUAUCUUUAGAGGCUUAUCAGCAGAAGCAGUAGAAGCUGCUGAUCCUGCUGCCACUAGGCUCACCGUCUCAGAUGUGAAUAGAAAAGGUCCGCUAGUUGAGUAUGAAAGAAGAAUCAAUGAUGGUGAACUCAUGACUGGUGAUAUCUGCCAAAUUGGUGCAUUGAGAGAGCUUCAGAGACUAUAUGAUGAGCUUGUGGAAUCAGUAGAUACAUGUCGUUUAGAUCGGUAUAAUACUUCUGAUAAAUCCUCAAGAAGUCGUUGGUUUUGGUCUCGGCUCAUGCCGCAGACUUCUUACUCACCCGUCAAAGGAUUAUACCUUUAUGGAGGUGUAGGCACAGGAAAAACCAUGUUGAUGGACUUAUUCUUUGAUCAAUUGCCUUGUACUUGGAAGAAGCAGAGGAUACAUUUCCAUGAUUUCAUGUUGAGUGUUCACAGCCGCUUGCAAAAACACAAGGGUUUAUCAGAUCCACUUGAAGUUGUUGCCCAAGAGAUAGCUCAUGAUGCAAUCUUACUAUGUCUAGAUGAGUUCAUGGUAACUGAUGUUGCAGAUGCUCUGAUACUUAACCGACUCUUUGGACAUCUCUUCAGCAAUGGCGUUAUUCUUGUUGCUACAUCGAAUCGGAAUCCUGAUAAACUCUAUGAAGGAGGACUCCAAAGGGAUCUCUUCCUACCUUUCAUUUCUUCAUUGAAGGAACGAAGUGUGGUUCAUGAGAUCGGUUCAGCGGUUGAUUACCGGAAACUAACUUCGGCUGAGCAAGGAUUCUACUUCAUCGGUAAAGAUCUUUCGACCCUAUUGAAUCAGAAGUUCCAACAACUGAUUGGAGACAAUGUUGUUGCGCGUCCACAGGUAGUAGAAGUGGUGAUGGGAAGAAAAUUACAGAUUCCCUUAGGUGCCAAUGGAUGUGCAUACUUUCCUUUUGAAGAGUUAUGUGACCGACCUCUUGGAGCUGCGGAUUACUUCGGUUUGUUCAAGAAGUUUCAUACUCUUGCCUUGGACGGAAUUCCAGUGUUCGGGCUUCAUAACCGCACUGCUGCGUAUAGAUUCGUCACGCUAGUCGAUGUAAUGUAUGAGAACAGAGCAAGGUUGUUGUGUACAGCUGAAGCAAGUCCUUUAGAACUCUUGGAAAAGAUUGUAACAAUCUCAGAGGCGAAAUCGAUGGCUCCAAGAACAUCAUCGAGAUCAAGAAAGAACGAUGUGACUGAGCUCUGCGUGGAUAACGAAUUAGGUUUCGCAAAAGACAGAACCAUCAGUAGAUUAACAGAAAUGAACAGCAAAGAAUACUUGGAGCAGCAUGCCAUAACACAGACUGAAGCAAGUCCUCAAGAACUCAAAGACGAAAUCGAUGGCUCCAAGAACAUCAUCGAGAUCAAGAAAGAACAAUGUUGCUGAGCUCUGCGUGGAUAACGAACUAGGUUUCACAAGAUACAGAACCAUCAGUAGGUAAUGUAAUCACGGUCUCUGUCAUUAUUCAUUAACAAAUAAAUCUAUUAGUUCCAU